CUUUCUUACGAUUUAGUGAAACAAGAUGGCCGCGAAAACUUUGUAAACGGAAACGUUUAUUUUGAUGACUCGAAGAAAAAUUACAUGCUUUAAAUAUUAUUUUUGAUUAGAGUGUGUGUGUCGAAUUGACACAAAAUAAACUUGAUUUAUUAAGAAAUUAAAUAAAUGUAGAUGACAAUGACUGAAGAAACACAACAGUCUGAGACUGCCGCACAAAAUGAGGCACAAACUAGUUCUCCAGAUGUUGGAAAAGUUAAAGAUAGUAAAAAAGAAAAAUGCCGACCUAUGACAAAGGUAGUAAUACGGAGAUUACCUCCAACUAUGACUCAAGAACAAUUUCUAGAACAGGUUUCUCCAUUGCCAGAAAAUGAUUAUCUUUAUUUUGUGAAAGCUGAUAUGUCUAUGGGACAAUACGCUUUUGCCCGUGCUUAUAUUAACUUUGUUGAACAACAGGAUAUUUUUAUGUUCAGAGAAAAAUUUGAUAAUUAUGUAUUUAUCGACUCCAAAGGUACAGAAUAUCCAGCUGUAGUAGAAUUUGCACCUUUUCAAAGAUUACCAAAAAAAAGAACAGGAAAAAAGAAAGAUUUAAAAUGUGGUACAAUAGAAUCAGAUCCUUAUUAUAUAAGCUUCUUAGAAACUCGUAAAAAUCAAGAAGCUGAAUCUAAUAUAUCACAACCAAAAACAGAAUACUCAUAUCAACCACCUGAUAAUACACCAAAAAAAAUUACAACCACUCCUCUUUUGGAAUAUGUAAAACAACGUAAACAAGAAAAGCAACGUCUCAGAGAUGAAAAACGUGAAGAGAGACGACGAAGAGACCUAGAACGGAGGCGAACAAAGGAAGAUCCUAUCAUAUCUAAGGUAUUGAAAAAUCAAGAUCUUGAUAAAGAAAUGUGUAAAGAUAAUAAAGAAAAUAGGGAAGAAAAGGAUAAAUUUUCACCAAAAGAUAUAAAAAAUCGUAUUAAAAAGGACGAUAAAUUACGUGAUAAGAUAUCACGUGAUCGAGAUUCUAAAUCAAUUACAAAAGGAUACAGGGAAAGAAUUGAAGAUAGAAAUAAAGAUAAAGAUAUAAAACAUCAAAGACGGCACGAGGAUAAGAAGAUAUAUGGAAGACGUGAUGAAAGAGAUGGAAUAAAAGAUGAUAGAAGAUUUGAUGGAAAAGAUGAUAGAAAAUAUGAUUUCAAAGAAGAUAUUAAAGAUUCUAGGGAACGAAAAAUAGAGGAAAAACGAGGUAAAAGUUAUGAAAAAAUGAGACAAGAAAAAAAAAGACUUGCAGAAACCAAAAAACAGAAUGUAGAUUUUAAUGUUGACACAGAAAAUAAUGUAAAAUUAAGAUGCGAGGAUGAAGAAUUUCAGAAAAAAGAAUUUCAAGUUGAUUCAUAUGAAAAUAUUAAAGAAAAUGAAGAAUCUAUGGAUGAUAAAGAAGAUGUUAAAAAUAGUAAAGAAAAAGAGAAACAGGAAAUUAAUGAAAAAAAAGUUUUAAUAGAAGAUUCUGUACAAGAUUAUGAGAUCAAAGAACAGAAAAAAUCAGAUACUAUAUUAUCUACUAUUGAAAAUAACAAAGAUAUUGAAAAAUCAAAAUCUAAUGAAGAUAUUAAUAAAGAAACUAAUGAAGAUAAUGAAUCUGAAGAAAAAAAGGAUUCAAAAGUCACGAAGAGACGCAGUUCACUUGAAAGUGGAGGGGAAGGUGGUACAGGAGAUGGAAAUUGUUUAAGAAGGCAUAAAUCUUUGGAUGGAGGAGAUCAAAAUAAUUUACAGAAGACUGAAAAUGAAGAUAAAGAAAAAGAUAAAAAGGAUCCACGAUUAGAACGUCGAAUUAGAAAUAAGGAUCGUCCUGCUAUGGAGAUUUAUCGUCCUGGAAUGGGAAAGUUUAGUAAACAAAGAUUAGAACGAGAAAAAUCUAAUACUAACGACGAAAGAGCAUCACUUUCACAAAGUCCUACUCCAAAUCUUAAUUCUAAUAAUCUUUGUAAAUCAGGAAAACCUGGAACAGAAGUACGUUCUAUGACGUUUAAACGUAGUAUUAGUCGUGAUUUGGUAUAACAAUAGCUAAAUACAAAUCUCUUCCUAAUAUUAAUGCGAUACAUGUGAAACUUAAUAUAUAAGAUUUUUACACUAGUCUUUCUCAUAACGUACAAUAUUACAUAGUAUAUUUAUUGUACACAAAUGCAUAAUAAAAUAGUGUUUUAUUUACUACUAAUAGCCACAAAUGUAUAAAAUUUUUGGAGUUAUCUACAUAUAGUGAUUUGAUAUAUGUACAUUACUUUAUGUUUAAUUCUUUUGUUGCAAUAUAUAUGUGAUACAUAAUAUUAUCAUUCAUUACUUAAAUGUUAUAUCAAGUGUUCAUUAUUUUCAUUAAAAUAAAUAUUUCUAUGG